AUGGUUCAGGGGAAGCCCAUGCCAACAGGAGCGGUCAGUGUUCUGCGAACUUUCACUCCAGAAGUGUCCUCUGGACAGUUACUGCCGGGGAGCUCCCACUGCGGGGUUGGGGUGGGGGGACCCGGCCUCAGGGGUGCUCCCUGCAGAGAGGGGAGGUGGGGAGGCCCCGCCGGGAGGCGCUCCCUGCGGGGAGGGGAGGAGGGGGAGGAGCACUCCCGGGGCUGCUCCUCUGCUGGAGGAAGGGCACCCCCUGGCAGGGCGGCUGGAGCGAGGAGAAAGAGGAACUGGGCCAGGGAGAGCUGA